ACUCACUUGUCCCCCCUUUCAUUCUUCAUUUAUUUCUCUCUUGGCUCUCUCUCUCACUCAAUCACUCCUUUGCUCUUUUCCUCUCCAUCUCUACUUUACUGAGACCUAAACUGCUACUUUGAAUGACAGAGGGGACCCAGUGUGUAACGCACACACUCUGAGCUAAUUUAGAGAGCUGUAGCACAUUGGAUCAGGAGCCCCGGUCUCUCUCUAUCUCUCUUUCACUCUCUCUCUCUCUAUCUCUCUCUCUCUCUUCCCCUCUCUAUCUCUCUGUCCGUCCGCUCAUCUGUGGUUGUGUAUGGGAGAGGAGGGCUAACAUGGACUUGGUGGGUCUCUCUCUGCCUCUAAUACUUGUGUUUUGGCAAUGGACAACCACCACAGGUGCCGCCGUGACGUACUGGACGUACACAGGAUCAGUAGGCCAAUCCAAGUGGGCGGAGUACUUCCCAGACUGUGGUGGUAAGGCCCAGUCUCCGGUUGACGUGGCAACGGUCCAGACCCAGUAUGACCCCAGCCUGGGCCCUCUGACACCCCUGGGUUAUGGCCAGCAUGGCAACAAACCCUUCAGCCUCUACAACAAUGGACAUACAGUGAUGGUUCCUCUCCCAGACUGGAUGGGUGUAGAGGGGCUGCCCUGGCAGUUCACGGCCGUCCAGAUGCACCUGCACUGGGGCAAUGGAGCCCCGGGGGCUGGGGGCAGCGAACACACCAUCAACGGUCAGAAUACCUCUGCAGAGCUGCACGUGGUGCACUACAACUCAGAGCUGUACCCUAACAUGUCAGUGGCUAUGACCCAGCAGGAUGGACUGGCAGUACUGGGAGUCCUCAUAGAGACAGGUGAGGAGGCUAACCCGGCUUUUUGGAACAUUCUCAACUACCUGGGUCGCGUCAGACACGCAGGUCAGAGUGUGUCCAUCCCAGCCUUUGAUGUCCAGUCCCUCCUGCCCUCUGACCUGGGGCGGUACUACCGAUACAAUGGCUCCCUCACCACCCCUCCCUGCUUCCAGAGUGUCCUCUGGACCCUCUUCACAGAGACCGUCAAAAUCUCACACACACAGAUGAUGAAGCUGGAGACAGUGCUGUAUGCCAGUAAGGAGGAUGCUGACCGUGUCGUCAUGCAGGACAACUACCGUACACCUCAACCACUUAACGACCGGACCAUCCUCUCAUCUUUCCCAUUAGAAUCAGUGAAGGUGUACACUGCCGGCGAGAUCACAGCGAUAGUAAUAGGAGCUCUGUGCGGCUGCGUUGGUCUGGCUGUCAUCAUUCGCUUCAUAGUGAAGACUAUACGAUUUUUCAAACACCUGCACAAUGAAAGGGUCUUGGUAAACAGCUCCACCUCUAGCUGGGACGUCAUGCCCAGCGUCCGGCCCGCCCCCGUGCCCAGGACUAAGGAGCCAGGGAAGGAGCUGAAACAGGACGUGGCCCUCAACACGACCUCUGAACCAGGAAAGAAUGAAGAUCCUGUCCCCACCUCAGUCUGAGACCAAUCAGAGACCUCCAUGAAUGAUCCAUCCCCCCCUCCCACCAACACCACAUUCCACCCUCCGAAGGGCAUGGAUGAGUGCCUCUAUAGCUCUGGUCCAGAGGAGGCUGGUGGGAGGAGGUAUGGGAGGACAGGCUCAUUGUAAUGGCUGGAAUGGAAUAAAUGGAGC